AUGGCUCAGCACCUCACAGAAAAGUACACGAAGAAGAUGGAGGAAGAACAGCUGCUGCGCAACCCAUUCGGCGCGGGCUACAAGGUCGUCAUUCUGGGUGCCUGCCUCAUGUCGCUUGGGUGCAUCCUCCCUGAUCGUUUCAGGGCCACGCUGAAGCGGAUCUACCCCGAGGUGGGACUCCUGCGUGACGGGCUUAGGCAGAUGGAGAAAGCACUGGAUGGCCCUAAUGCAUACCAGGAUGGUGUUCCGUAUGAUUUCGGUUCUCUCGACAUCCAUGAGAUGUAA